AUGUCUGCCGCGUCGAAAUUCCCCAUUCAGUCAACGGCGGGAGCCGUGCCGGUAAAAAAUGACAAAGGUAGGUUUAUAUAUUAAAACAUAGUGUUCUAAUAUUUUCAUAAAUGCUCGGAUAUUUUAUAUUUAUGUUAGAUAAUUUUAACUGACCGUUGUGCCUCGAUGUUGUUUAAAGGUGAACUGUCUAUGCAGAAAGUGAAAGUUACCAGAUAUGUCGCAGGAAAACGGUAUACAACAAAUUAAACAUAACAUAUAUUGCUCAUUAUUAACUGAACUAUUUGACAAAUACAGUUCAAUAUGGCGAGUCUAGAAUGGGUAGUCUUCCACAAUAAACUACCUGAAAAAGAUUAAAAAUACUUUGAUGUUUUAAAGCAAAGCCUCAAAGAACCCCAGACCUGCCAACUUUAACAGGAAAUCUCAGGUAUAGAACUGUGGUCUCCCGGUCAUACCCUUAGCCAUACCCGGUCAUACCCUUAGCCUGUCCACCCGUCUUUUGGACAGGCAUUUUUGAAAGUGGACGGGCAAUGUUUCACUUUCAUUGCUAUAUCAUACAGAUAUUUAAUAGUAGGUGCACACUGUACAUCUAUGGUUUUGCAAAAUAUUUCGUAUUAUAGAACUAAACUUUGGGAAUUUGCAGAAUUCGCAGCGAGAUUGCAGUAAGCUUCAUAUUAACAAGACUAUAUCACAUACAUCCAAAACUGCAUUUUACAACUGCUGAAAAAAAAUUACACCAGUUCAAAAACAAAAUGGUGUAGGCGAAAUGAAAAAUUGAGUGCAUUUCCAGACACUUGUUCAGUGAAUCAGCCCCUGCUUCGGGCAGUGAAAAUUUCUCCCGGUAUAGACCUUCCCCCUUAUAACUAAAAUUUUAGUCUAGACAAAAAUUUCAUCACAGCUUGAAAGAGCAUCACAAAAUUAGUAUUAUUAUGAAGUUUCUUUGCGAAAUAUUGUAAAAUGCGGAUAAUAUAGCCUUGAGAAGUUUGCCAUUUUUCAGUCAUUUUGUAUUACAAACAGGAAAUUGACAGCCCAAUCUGGUGUUGGGGCAUCAAUUUCCCAUUUGUAACACAGAAUGACUGAAAAUUGAUUUUGCAAGGCUAUAUUAUCCGCAUUUUACAACAUUUCGCAACGAAACUUCGGAAUAUUACUAAUUUUGUGAUGCUCUUUCAAGCUGUGAUGAAAUUUUUGUCUAAGACUGUCGUGUACGACUCGUAUUCUGGCAAAUCCAAUUGAGUAGGCACGCCUCAAUUUGCAUCUUCAAUUCAGAUUUUUGGAAUUGUGGCAUCAAAUGAAAUUCAUACAACAGAACCCGAAUCACACAGGACAAAUCACAAUGUGCAAACGCCCCUCAAACAUAACAAACAAGGCUAAUCAUUAUGUCAUUGUUAGGCCAGGAUAUGCUCCAUCGUCAAGUGAUGAAGAUGAUGAAGAAGAAGAUGAAUUUGUCCAAGAACAGCGAGAACCUGUCGACAUUUUGAUGGACAGACGUUUGAAAGAGGUGAGAAGGAAUGGAACAUCAGUCACAAGGAUGCACAUACAUUAACCACUUUUUAUGUUUAGGAAUAUGACAAAGCAGAAGAGACCGACAGACGUUUGAAAAGGUUGCACGGUCGAGAAAGGACAGAUGUGUAAGUAUCCCUUUGUUACAUUCCAACCUUGUACCCAGGCUCUUUCCACUUUGCUCCUCCCUGGAGGAAACACCCAGGCUGAUCACAUAUCUCCCAGAUUUUGUUAGAUAACAAAACUUUCAGUUCAAAAGUGGUGCGUUUUCCCACACGUAAUACUAAAAUACUCAAAAUAUGCUAAUUUCACAAUGCUAUAUUUUCUGUGUUUUAUAACAUUUUGCAGCCAAAUUUAAUAAUUUUACUACUGUAAUUUAAGGUUGUUCUUUUAAACUAUAAUGAUAGAUUGUGUCCUUGCCGGAUCAUAUUUGGUCCAUGGCUGGAAACAUGCAUCAUCUCCUAAAAUCCGGGAGACAUGUGAGCAGUCAGGAUAAGGGUCUUUCCUCCAGUGAGGAGCAUAGUGUGAAGAGCCUGGGUUGUCCCCAUUCUACAACCUGUCUUGUGAUAAGCUUUGGAAACAAAUGUAUUUUGGUGAAUGAUCCAGGUCAGAAGUGACAAGAGAACGCCAUUUGGAAGAACCAGAAAUACUGGCUACUGGCGAGGAUGAACAAUCUGCAGACGAGGUAGUGUUUUUGUGCAUGCCAGAAAGUUGUAAAAAACAUACAUUGGGUCAUUCCAGAAAACAUUUAUGUCCCCUACAUGGAGUAACUGCCUAACUACCACUUUGAACAUUCUAGUGUAUGUCCCCUACAUGGAGUAACUGCCUAGGCGUAAAAAAAAACCCUGUGGUUCCGGUUUUAUAUUGCGAAAAAAUUAGGGUCGGUAGGUCGGAAAUAAUUUUUUUUUUUCAUGGUUUUUUCAAUAAUUAGUCUGACAUCAGAUGCCAUUUUGGCACGAGCAACCCGCAACCACCCGGAGAAAAUAGGGUCGCACGGUUAAUCGUGUUGAAAAAAUAAUAGGGUCGGCUGAAAAAAAUAGGGUCGGUCGGGAACCGGAACCACAGAUAUUUUUUUAUGCCCUACUACCACUUUGAACAUUCUAGUGUACGGCAGAAGGCAGAAGUUUUCUCCAUAGGGGACAACAUGGGUGUUUUGUGAAAUGAGCCAUACUGUUGUACAUUAUUUUCAUGAAUUGUUAUAGGACGUUACCCACAUGCGAAGACAACGUUAUGUAGAGGAAAGCAGGUAUGGGUAUCAUGAGAUAAUUUGGGUGCUAAUCAUGUUGAACAAUAAAAUUUAAACAACUUCUUGAAUUUUCUUAUUUCAGUGGUGAUGAAGAAGAGGUUGAUGACGUGGUAUGUUUUAUUUUAUUUUAUUUAACUUUGCCAAGUAACAUGCAACAUAUAACACCACUGAUUUACAACAACAUAUAAUAAUAUGUGUUUCAUUGGCAGGGUGCACGCAACAGUUUUCACCAAUUACAGCGGCCCCAUUAACUAUUUUAAUACUAUUCAACAAUAUACAACGAACAUAAAUCUAAUAACAACACGAUAUUUGACAGGACAGAUUACGAGACUUGUUACAAGACAAACAUAUAGAUUUCCAUGUCCUUGGAUCAUCAACGUUAAAAACGUCUUCCAACGCUAACUUGUAAUAUUUUGAAAGUCCGUUUUUGAAUUGUCCCAAACUAAUGUUAUUGCUUGUCAAACUUUUUGGUAAUGCGUUCCAUAGUCUCUUUGUUCGGUUGAGAAAUGACCUUUGGUAGGUAGUGGUCUUGCAUUGUGCCGUUGUGAUUGACAGAUGAUUGGGAUUAGACGACCUGGUUUGUCUUCUGUUGUUAUUGGGUGACGACUGUAUUAAAUUACUGUCAAUGGUCAUGAUGCCAUGCGUUAAUUUGUAGAAGGUUACCAUAUCUAGAAAUUCAUGCCAGUAGCACAAUGGAAGGAGAUCUAAAAGUGCAAGUCUCUGGUUGUAGGUUGUGUCACAACGGAAGGGCAGAUUCAGGAUGUACUUUGUUGCGCGUCUUUGAAGUCUUUCCACGCGUUUAAUUAAGGUUACUGAUUGUGGUGCCCAAAUUUGAGAUCCAUAGCAUAGCUGGGAACGAACAAGACAUAAAUAUAGUCUGCGGCGAACCGUGAUAUCUUUGAUGUUUAAGGUUGAUCUUCGGACAUAUCCUAGCAUUCUGGUGGCUUUGUUGCACAGGUGGUCAACUUGUUUAGACCAAGUCAGAGUAGAAGAUGUUAAAACUCCAAGAUCUCGUUCACAGUCCGUGCAUUCUAGGAUGGUAUCGUUAAGUUUGUAUGGAUAAGUAAUUUUAUUGUGCUUUCGGGUGACUCUUAAGACUUUGCAUUUGGUGUUAUUUAAUUCGAGGUUAAUAGUGCUUGA